GAAAUCAAAUUUCAACAAUGCGGAAUGAAGAAUUUUUAUAACAAUGAUGUAGGGCGGCGCUUACGUACAAGAUGCACUAUAUCUCGAUCCCGAAGAUCAGCUUCAAACAGUCCAGUAAAAAGAAAUGCCCAACAAAGAUCGUGUUCCCCUUGGUACGGGAGCGUUCACUCGCCUCCACUUUGUAACUCGCCGACACGUUACUCUACACGUUUAUAUUCACGAUCCCGGAAUGACUUAGGAGAUGGAUUAUCCGACACUUUUGUGCAAGAGUCUGUGCAGCCUAAAGCGUACUUCUCAUCAAAACCACCUUCAGAACCUGUGCAAGUUAUUAUAGAGCCGCGUAUUAUGAAUGAUUUAGACUAUAAAUUUAAUUCAUCAACAUCGUAUGAGUCUCGAUGUGAAUUGAAUGUUACUUCAUCAUUGAGCACACUCGCAGAGGAUUCAUUAAAAUAA